UCAACCAUUUAAAAAGAUUAGCGACUUUCAGAGAGUUGAAAUGCUUCAACAUUUUAUCAUAAGCUUAUUUCUUGCUUUUUAGAAUAUCACAUGAAUAUAUCACAAGAAUACAACUAAAACCUAUACAUAUUAAAGGAUUUCAACAAAGAUGGGAUGCUCUGCUUCACAACCAGAAACUGUUUCAAGAAAACAAAACAAUAUCAAUUCUGAUGAAAAGGUAUCAAAGAUGAGAUGUCCAAGUCCAAAAACUGACACUGAAAAUGUACCAGUUACUGUCGUAAAUAAAAACCAAUCUGUCACAAUGGCAAGUGUGAAGAGGAGUCAUAGCAACUUAAAGGAGACAUAUAAUUACCAGAAAAUAGAUCAACAUGCUAGAGAGGUAUCAAAGAUGAGAUGUCCAAGUCCAAAAACUGACACUGAAAAUGUACCAGUUACUGUCGUAAAUAAAAACCAAUCUGUCACAAUGGCAAGUGUGAAGAGGAGUCAUAGCAACUUAAAGGAGACAUAUAAUUACCAGAAAAUAGAUCAACAUGCUAGAAAGGCUCCAAACAGUGUGAAAAAUUCUGCAGAAGAACUGGUGAAGUAUAUGUCAACUGUCUCCAAGGAUCCUAGAAUGUUGGCAAGAGGAUUUUUUGUCUGGAGUUCCGAAAACAUCAAGUAUGAUGUGGAAGGAUUUUUUGGACGAGCUACAAAAGCGCCAAAUGAUGCUGAGUCGGUAAUGAAAAAUGGCAGAAGUGUGUGUGAGGGUUACGCCAGUGUCUUUGAAUUGUUAUGCAGAAAAGCCGGUAUUCCAGUAAAGAAGAUUUCUGGGUUUUCCAAAGGUUAUGGUUAUUCAGCUGCCAAACCUCUCACUCUUAGCACAAGCACAGACCAUGCUUGGAAUGCAGUCCAGCUUGAGGGCAAGUGGUACCUUUUAGACAGUACCUGGGGAGCUGGCCAUCUUGACAGUGAAACUAAUUCCUUCAAAAAAAAAUUUGAUGAUUUCUACUUCCUAACUGAUCCGAAACAAUUUGUUUCUGCUCAUUUUCCUUACAUGGACAACAACUUGGAGGAAAGUCAGAAAUGGCAACUACUGCCUAAACCACUCAGUCUUGAGGAAUUCAACAAAAAUGUUGAAUACAAACCAGAGGCUUUCAGGCUUGGAGUUCUGGCUAUCAGUCAUCCACAAGCAUAUUUUGAAAUGAAGAAUGAAGUGGAGAUGACAUUCAAAAGUAAAGGAAAAGAGGAGAUUACUAUUACGGCAAGACUAAUGUUGAAGGAAGGAAACUGGCUGAAAGAACAACGAAACACAACAUUCGAAUAUCUGGAAAAGGGAGCUAACAAGUUAUUGGUACAUCCCAAAAGCCCUGGAACUUAUCAGCUGACUAUAUUUGGUAAACUUGUUUCUGAUGACAAUAAUGAAAAAAUUCCAGAAAUUAUGGAAUACAUUAUCAAAUGUACUGAAGUCAAGGAUAAGGACCAUGAAUAUCCAGUGGCAUUUGGAGCAGCUAGCACUGAAAGAUGCAUUCUACAUGAGCCUCUGAGGGGAAACCUGCCUGCAAACACUCAAGUCCAGUUCAGAGUGUCUGCUCCCCACCUGCAACAUGUAAUGGUUGAACAUACAUACCUGGAGAAAUCUGGAACCAUGUUUACAGGGAAUGUAACCACGCAUGCUCCAGGAUAUCAAGUUUCCAUGUAUGGUACAAGGGGAGAAAAACAUGGCAGACUGGAUGGAUUAUACAAAUUUCACACAGUUUGACUUUAACUAUAUCAAUUUUAACAUCAUUAUUUAGAGACUUACCCUAAGCCUUCUUUACGCAAGGGAAACAAUCUAAUUAUAUAGUGAAAUUGUUGAGUGAACACCGUUUCUUAAUCCUAAUCCUGCCCAUGUUAUAUCAGUGCAAAGGAAAAGUAACCUAUCUAUGAUAAAUGCCAUGUAUGAUUACACAGUUAUGCAUCUGACAGUCUCGAAAUUGAUUUCUUCGAUUUUCUCAUAUUUCUAGAUAUUUUUCCCAUACUUUGACGCAUAUGUAUGGGUAGUUCAGAUUGUUCUCUUUCCAGUAGCAGCCUUUUCAACAUAUUUCACCUUGUGAAAUUCUGUGGGUUUUGACUUUUUUAGAAAAAUUGUCUGUUUGUUUACAAAUUUCACCACAAAAUAUGUCCUACUUUCCCCAGGGCAAUCAAUUAUUUGAUCUUUACAUAGUUUUGUAUUCAGGUUGCUAAUCCAUGUGGCAAGUAUGCAUGCUUUUUUCAUGAUUAGAGGUAAAAAAGUGGGUAGUUUGCAUGAGGUACUAGGUCAACUGUCACCUAAGCCUAUCAUAAAGUCUUUGCGGAGUUGUCUCCAUUUUUUCCAAAUAUUUCACCCGGGAUCAUUUUUUUCAGCUCAAAUAACUCUUUUUCAGUAAAUGAUAUUUUAAUAAUUUUUUCAGUCCUUGUAUUCUGAUGCAGUUAACUUCACAUACAUUUAAUAUAGAUAGCUCCUACUUAAAGUUUGUAUUUUCAGUUACAAUGCCUACAUUAUUAACAUCAUUAUACUCUUUAACAGACUAUUUCAAUUUUGUCAUAAGCAGAAUCCAAAUUAACUUAAGCAUCAGCAAAUAUCCUAAUGUGUGAUAUCUGUUCAAAUAUUGACAAAACACAACCUGAUUUUAGCCUAUUAUAUUCCAAUAACUUUCCAAUAACUGUGGUUGUACCUUUAUGAUAAUCAAUCAAGUGUUGCUUGAUAAGUAUUGUAUGGAAACAUAAAAGUAAGAUCACUCUCACUUGUUUCAUCUUUUUUCUUAUUACGAUAUUGGCGGUAAUUGUUAAAAUCAAAAUCAAAUUAUUUAGUUUCUACUAAAUAUAUACUUUUACAGCAUCAGUUUGUUCCUCAUAAUCAAAACUGUAGAUAAACACAUACAAAUGUAUGUGAUAUCACUUAUGUGCUCAUUAUAUGUAUAUUGUUUCUUAUUCUCAAAUACAUAUUAAAAAGGA